GGUGCUCUGCUAUUUCGUCUGGUUGGAACAUAUAGGCACUGACGACUCUCUGGGUAAUGCAUCCUCAUAAGAUUUGGUGUGAUAACUUGCUGCAUCUGGAUUCUCCUUAACAUCUGCAAGCGCUCUGCUACUUUAUUUUUGGCCUCUCAUCUCCUCUUGGGCUCAAACAAUGGAUGAAGAGUUCCGCUAGUUUUUCAUCUUCUGUAAUAUCAUAGUCCAGCAUAUCAUGGAGCUUGUUCUGGUGAAACAUCACAAUGAAAGCAUGUGACAGCGCUUUCUGUUCAUUAGGACUAUCAAUGUAUAUUGCCUUCUUUCUUGUUAUUAACUCAAGAAGAACAUCCCCGGCACUGUAGACAUCACUUCUGUCAGUAAGUUCGUGACUGACGAAACACUCAGGGUCAAGGUACCCAAGAGUUCCUUGGAUAAACAUGAUGAAAUCAUCUUUAUCUAUGGGCUUCAGCGCUCAUGCUCCGAAGUCUGCAACUUUUGCAUUGUAUUCAUCAUGCAAGAGUAUAUUGCGUGUUUUGACAUCCCUGUGCAGAAUUGUGUGAGAAGUUGACAAAAAAUGUAAGCAUGGGUCUCUGCUGAUUGUGUAGCAAUCUUCAGUCGAAGAUUCAAGGGGAUUAGUGAUCUGCGAUCACUGUUAUGAAGGAACUCACAUAGUGUACCAUUUGAUAUGAACUCAUAAACCAACAUUGACACAUCUACCUCCAGGCAGGAACCGAGUAACCUCACGAUAUCAGUGUCUAGAUGCAUCCAAAUUUAGACAAAGUUAAGACAUGUUUCAUUGGACGGAGAGAGUAUAUGAAAUGUGUCAACUUGCCUUGACCUUAUGCCAUCAUAUAAUUUCCGAGCUCAAUUUUGUUUAAAAUACGCAUCCUUCUAUUUCUCCUUCCUGUGCUUUCUUCUCUGAAAUCUCAUAGCCAACAUGCAUGUUCAAUGCCAUCACCACGACUGCGGAAACACUGAGACCUGCAUAAUGAUUGUUUGAGAUGCUACAACACAUAAAAAGCAUGGAAAUGCGAGUUUGGUAAUCAAUAAGUAUACUCAGCUAUGACACUUGCCUAUAAUCAGCUGUUGAAUCCGGCUUAGCACAGGUUGACAUCCAGAAUUUUUGCCAUCUGAUAUUUUUCCUACCCUACAUUGCCACACAUAGCCUCCUGGUGUGUUGCGACAUACCUCAUUUUUUGCAUGGAUAUAAUUCUUUAUACUCUGUACUUGGGAUUCUGCUGAUGCGACUUGCACUCAUCUACUCCCUCCGUGUAGAAAUGUAAGAAGUUUUAGCUAUUUUAUAGGUUCACUCACUUUUAUUUGUAUCUAGUCUACUUUUACUGUGUAGGUUCAGUCCUUUUAGUUUGUAUCUAGUCUACUUUAAAAAUAGCUAAAACAUCUUACAUUGGUGUACAGAGGGAGUAUAUCUGAACUUCUAAAGAGAAUUUUAAAAAAAGUAGCAUGAAAUCAUGAAUGAGUCGAAUUGUAAAAUACAGGAAGGAAGCUAAAGGAACAAGAAUCUACCGAAUUAUUCUUGUAAUGAUGAAGUUUAUUUAUCGGCUGAAGUUGUUUCUUCAGAGAGUUUCUUAUCUUGAGGUCCAAAAACAAAGGAAAUUCUGUUCAAGUAUAUACUUCACCUUGACAUCCCUGGGAGAGAUAAGGCUAACCCAUGUUUCCUUCAGAGCAGUUGCACAUGUACCCUGUGCCAUUGCUUGCAUCCACACAAUAGCUGUUUGAGUUAGCACAUGCAUAGCCUGUUGACGCCGUUCUCCAUCCUUUGGGCAGUCAGCUUAGAAUCUAUUGCCACAUUGUUCAUUGGUCUAUUCUAAGAAAUGUCUUCUUUUGUUAUUUGCAUUUCGGGGGUAAAGCUUAUCUUCUAGUCAUUGAGUUCGCAGAGAUUAGAGUUAGUAGAAUUGAGCUCUUUCUGAUGGUCCAAUCACUGACAACUGGGGCACACCUCUUUGCUCUGUUGUUGAUGAACCCAAGGUGCCCAACAAGGUCCUGCUGCCUGAAGCUGUACCAUCCAACCUCUGCAACCAUAUCAUAGAAGCAUGGAUUAAAUGCCCAUACUCUGCUCUUGUUGGUCAAGAUCACCACAAAGUCGGCGAGGUUUGGAGUGAUGGUGGUUUCACAGCAGCCCUUCCCAGUGCAUGGGGCUCUGGUGGACGUCCUGGGUUGAUGCCCUGGCGGUAGAAGUAGCAACCAGCAACAUACAGGUCAGGGUUGCCAUGCAUGUAGCGACCAAUGAUACCCAGGGUGCUGCAGCCAACAACCGUGAAGCGGUUGCGGGUGGUUGAGGGGAUGAACGGUGCAUCCACCAGGUCGAAGCCGCCGGUGUUGUUGUCCAUAACUGUGGUGUUCGACGUAAAGCAGUUGUAGCUGAUGGGGCUGUAAACACGCAUCUCACUGCGCUCCAGGGAGAUGUCAAUGAGCCGUAUGCAUCGAUUGAUGCAGAGGCUGGGAUGACCCAUUUCGAAAAAAAGGGAGAUGUCAAUGGUCUCUGUGAGUGGGUCACCAAUCAUAGGUUGUGGGGAUUGGAAGGUGCUGUUGCAGGUGACAGUGAAGUAGCUGUUCAAGCUUGUCGCGGCGUAGUCAUCACCGAUGCCAAUGCAAUAGGGGAUCAACACAUCGCCACACUUGCCAGGACAAACUGAUAAUGACAUGGAGAGCCUAGAAGAGGUUGCAGAUAGCGCCGCUACUUGGAAUGCGAUGUGCAUCGGGAGGGCUGAUGCUUCUUUCAUGGUUGGAGACUUGGUGGUUACUUCCUAUGGUGCUGUCUUUCUAACUUGCAACUAACGCCAAUGUUAUACCUUGUUCCUUUGUUGCUGUCAUGAUAUGUGAUUGUGUACACAAGACUUGUUAGACCAUGGGGCAUGGGUUGUGAGUAGCUGAGAACUCCUUUGCAGAUGAUAAAAGAUGGUGUUGAUGCCUCAGAUAUUAUAACCCACAGAUGAGUUCCACUAUUAUUGCUUAGCUAUUUCGAGUGUGAGAUUAGUGUUAAUUGGGAGACUUUUUCCACAAUUGUUUAUCGUUUUAGUGUUCAAUGUAUACUAGUAACAAAAAUAGUAUUAAGUUUGCUUAACAAUUUCUAUUGAGAGGUUUCUCUGAAAUCGAAAGAAAGCGUGCUAUACUUUCUUAUAAUCUGGAGAGAUCUUCACUUAUUUGUACCGUUUGUGUCUAAAGGUGAAAAUAGCAAUGCACAGAAAAAAUGACUAGUUGGCUUACACAAUUUUAUUGAGUGGUUCUCUGAAUUUGAAAUAGGACUACAUGGCUGCUUGUAAUCUGGAAAAUUCUUCACCAGUUGAUAUGUUCAUUCAUAUGCCAGUCAGAGUAUAGCUCUAGUUUGUUGUCCCAAAUGUGAACGCGUGUCCGUAUAUCUUAUUGGUUAGAUACUGUGGUUUGAAAUUUUCUCCUGCAAUAACAAACUAGGUGGAAUCUAAUAGGCAGCUUCAAAAGUAAAGAUAAGCUUGGCCAGCAAUGAUUUGAAGUGCACAACUAGGCUGAACUCAAACUUAUAUUGACUGUUCACACUUCCUUCUUGAUUCAAAGUUUUCACAGGCAUUGGUUUAUGAUAUCGUGUCUGGGAAAAACAAUGAUGCAUGCUGAUACUGUGGAGGUCAAGCUCAUGGCCUGAAAAAUGGACUGUUACACUCAGGCUUAACAAGCGCAGGCUUGGUUUCAGUUUGAUUAGAAGUCGAGUAUGCAUGUGAGCAUGAAGCCUGGUUCCAGAUCAUCCUAUCUUGGUCCAAACAGGAGUUGAUGAAAUUAUAUGCUAAGGCACAAUUCAUCUCAUAAAAAGAAACCUUGGCCCUCGUCACAAUCACACUAAUUUGCCUAACUAAGCAAGUGAUAGCCCGAGCCAUACAUCCAAACUUGCAGCAACAAGCAUCAACACGGGUCCUAAUGUUUUUCUUGAAACUAAUCGUCUUCUUCCUCCUGGUGAUGGCUGUGGCACCCGCCCCAGGUGGUGCUGCAUCGCUGGCGCUGCCAGGCUGCCCUGACAAGUGCGGCGACGUGUCCAUCCCUUACCCCUUCGGCAUCGGAGCGCAAUGCUCCGCGGUUAGCCUCAACAGGUUCUUCAACCUCGACUGCAAUGACACAUAUCACCCAUCACGGCUGAUGGUGGGGGGGCCGGCCGAUAUGGCCAUCGAGGUCGCCGAUAUAUCGUUGGAGCGCGGCGAGAUACGGGUGCUUGUCGCCGUCAGCUACGUCUGCUUCACGUCGAGUGCCACCAUAUCAGCAAACAUCGCUGUGAUGUUCAGCCUGGAGGACACACCGUUCCUCCCAUCCACUGGACGCAACCGUUUCACUGUCAUUGGCUGCAACACCUUGGGGCUCGUUGGCGGUUUCCGUGGAGGUACGAGCCAGUACCUCGCCGGCUGCUACUCCUACUGCGACGGCAUCAGUGGUGCAUCAGACGAUGGGGCACCGUGCACCGGGACGGGCUGCUGCGAAGCGUCCAUCCCAACCAACCUCACCACCUUCAAUGUGUCAUUUCCGAUGAAUAGUAGCGGCGUGUGGGGAUUCAACCCAUGCUUCUAUGCCAUGGUCUCUGAGGUUGGGUGGUACAGCUUCCGGCGCCGUGACCUCGUUGGCCAGCUUGGUUUCGUCAACGAGAGGGCAAAGGAUGGUGCACCUAUCAUCGUGAACUGGGCGGUCAGGAACGGAUCGUGCCUCGAGCCAAGAAACGACGUGUGUGUCAGCACAAACAGUUAUUGUGAGAAUGUGAGCAAUGGACCCGGGUACUUGUGCAAGUGCUCCCUGGGGUACGAGGGCAAUGCCUACCUCAACAAUGGCUGUCAAGAUGUAAAUGAAUGCAUGCUGCGUGAGCAAGACCCCAAGUACGAAGAGUUGUAUCCUUGUAGGAAUGGGAUCUGUUAUAACACUCCAGGUGGCUAUAACUGUAAAUGCAAGGGAGGAACAAGAACUGAUGGUACAAAUUUUGGAUGCCGACCUCUGCAUACUCGAGAUGAUCAGCUGGCUAUAGGCCUGAGUGUUUCUGCUGUUGUGAUGAUAUCCUUGGCAUGUCUUUUGGUUAUUCAAUUGCAAAGGAGAAGGCACAAAAAGGAGAAAGAUGAGUAUUUCAAACAGAACGGAGGGCUCAAGUUAUAUGAUGAGAUAAGGUCAAGGCAGGUCGACACAGUUCGCAUACUUACAGAAAAUGAGAUCAAGAUAGCCACUGACAGCUACAAUGAAGAUCAUAUUCUUGGAUGUGGUGGUCAUGGAAUGGUCUACAAGGGUACUUUGGAUGACAAUAGAGAUGUUGCCAUAAAAAAGUCCAAAGUAAUAAAUGAUGACUGCAGGGAUGAGUUUGUAAAUGAGAUCAUAAUCUUGUCACAGAUUAACCACCGGAACAUCGUGAGGUUACUAGGCUGUUGCCUGGAUAUAGAUGUCCCCAUGUUGGUCUACGAGUUCGUCUCCAAUGGUACACUAUCUGAGUUUCUUCAUGGCAGUGCUGAUCGCAAGCUGCUACCAAUUCCAUUGGAGAUUCGCCUGAAGAUUGCCACUCAAUCAGCAGAAGCUCUUGCUUACUUGCACUCAUCGACAUCUCGCACAAUUCUACACGGGGAUGUCAAAUCUGCUAACAUCUUGCUUGAUGAUCAGCACAAUGCCAAGAUUGCGGACUUUGGGGCAUCGGCGCUCAAGUCCAUGGACGAAAGCGAGUUCAUCCUGCUUGUCCAGGGAACCCUCGGCUACCUUGACCCUGAGAGCUUCAUCAGCCACCACCUCACCGACAAGAGCGACGUCUACAGCUUCGGGGUCGUUCUCCUUGAGCUGAUGACUAGGAAGAGGGCUCUCUACGCCGUUGACUCCUCCAAAGAAAAGAGGUCCUUGUCCCACAGUUUUGUCCUGAUGUUUCACAAGAACAAGCACCGGAGAAUGCUGGACUCUGUGAUCGUGGUCGAUGCUGCGGCCAUGGUUAUUGUCGAGAAGCUUGCCAUUCUCGCCGUGCACUGCCUGAGCGCGAGAGCAGACGACAGGCCAACGAUGAAGGAAGUCGCAGAACGGCUGCGGGUGCUGUGGAGGCACCAGAUGCAUGCAGCCGGUGUUGCCAACUAUGAUUGUGAAUUUGAUAGCAACUAUGGAGGAUCGUUUUCGUCGGUGGUUCUCCCUUUGGACGAGUCGAUAGACCUGAGCUUGGAGACGUGCGAGCUUGUGCAGCUGUCCUGACCGUGUGACAGUGAAGAAGCUGUUCAUGCUAGCUGCAGCACAGCCAUUGCCGAUGCCAAAGGGGUAGGGGAUUGACACGUCGCCACAUUUGUCAGGGUAUCCUGGGAACGAAAUGAAGAGCCCAGAAGAGGUUGCAGAUAGCGCCACUGC